UAAAGGCUGCGCGCGGCGCGUGGGGGUGCGCGAGCGGCGCGGGCGGAGGGCGCGGGGCCCGGCGGGCGCUCUCCUCCCCCCCCCCGCCAUGGUGGCCACCGAGGGGCUGCGCGAGAUGGAGGGCAGCGCGCUGCGGCGGCUCGUGGGCCGCGACGAGGCCGGGGCCGGCGGCGCCGCGCGGUGCCUGGUGCUGGACUGCCGCCCCUUCCUGGCGCACAGCGCCGGGCACAUCCGCGGGGCGCUCAACGUGCGCUGCAACACGAUCGUGCGGCGGCGGGCCAAGGGCGCCGUGAGCCUGGAGCAGAUCCUGCCGGCCGAGGGCGAGGUGCGAGCGCGGCUGCGGGCCGGGCUCUACGCCGCCGUUGUGGUGUACGACGAGCGCAGCCCGCGCGCAGAGGCCCUGCGCGAGGACAGCACCGUGGCGCUCGUGGUGCGCGCGCUCCGUCGCGACACGGCGCGCGCCGACAUCCGUCUCCUGGCAGGGGGCUAUGAGCGCUUCUCCUCGGAGUACCCUGAAUUCUGUGCAAAAACCAAGUCCCUGAGCAAUGUGUCACCCCCUACCAGUGCUGAGCCCCUGGAUUUGGGCUGCAGUUCCUGUGGGACCCCCUUUCAUGACCAGGGUGGGCCUGUGGAAAUCCUUCCCUUCCUCUACCUUGGCAGCGCCUACCACGCAGCCCGGCGGGACAUGCUUGAUGCACUGGGCAUCACAGCCCUGCUGAACGUCUCCUCAGACUGCCCCAACCACUUUGAGGGGCACUACCAGUACAAGUGUAUCCCUGUGGAGGAUAACCACAAAGCUGACAUCAGCUCCUGGUUCAUGGAGGCAAUUGAGUACAUUGACUCAGUGAAGGAGUGCUGUGGCCGAGUCCUGGUGCACUGCCAGGCUGGCAUCUCCCGCUCAGCCACCAUCUGCUUGGCGUACCUGAUGAUGAAGAAGCGUGUCAAGCUAGAGGAGGCCUUUGAGUUUGUCAAGCAACGCCGGAGCAUCAUCUCCCCCAACUUCAGCUUCAUGGGGCAGCUGCUGCAGUUUGAGUCACAGGUGUUGGCCACUUCAUACACAGUAGAGGCUGUCAGCCCCUCGGGGACACUGCGGGAGCGGGGCAAGGCCAGUACCACCCCCACCUCACAGUUUGUCUUCAGCUUCCCAGUGUCUGUCAGUGUUCAUACCACCCCCAGCAACCUCCCCUAUCUGCACAGCCCCAUCACCACAUCGCCCAGCUGUUAGCUCAGGGCCAAGGCCAGCUGGGCAGGUAGUGCCAGGUGUGCAGGGAGUGUGUGGAGCUCUGUGAUGUUAAGCAAUACUGCUGGACACUGCCAUUCACCAUGGACUCAACAUCUUUUUUGUAGAGAAAUUUCUUACCUCAUCUUGGUUUGUUUACUUUUUAUUGUUAUGUUUUGAAAGCACGAAGUUGUAAAAGCCACAAACCUUGACAUUGUCCAGGCUCUUUGGGGGAGGAAAAAAAAUAGUAUACUGGGUUUCCUCAAGUGCCUGGUCUUCAUGUGUUUCCAUCCCUACUUUACUGUCUUGUAUUUUUACACCUCCCCUUCUCCCCAUGUUUCUGCCCCCAGCUCAUCUAGGUUGACAAGGGAGCAUGUUGUUUUUACUGUGCAGCAGCCUUCCCCCUUGCAGAGAGGACUCUGUGUGUGUGGUGGGUGCUGCUUACCUGAGUCAGUACACUUCAGCAGAGCUGCAUGCAGGGCCUUGGGCUGAGCAGGAGUGGUGCCACAGGGCUGCCUGCACUCAACCUCAGCCCUGCCAGUGUACCAGCAAAGUCACCAGCUGAGCCUAUUCCAGUGGGGGAGAACAAUCUCUGUGGUUGGGAAGUGGUUUGGAGGGAGAGAUGUAGUCUGAAAUGCCUCUUUUCUUGCCUCAGUGGAUCACUGGUUUUUACAAAACUUCGGUCCAAUCUCCUGUGGCUUUAAGAUGAGAAAGAAGGGGUUGGGGCAGCAGUCUGGGCUGCUUUUGAUUACUCUUGUUCAGUUUGCUCUCCAAUGGUGGCCUGCUGCUCUUCUUCCAAAAGAAGCAGAAUGGGACAUGGGUGGGCUAUAAUUGAAAAGAGAAGCUGCAGGGUGGAGGACAGGCUAGCCCAGAGGUGUCACUCAUCCAAUAUUUUCAAGCUUCUCCCACCUCAUGACCAGCCCUUUUCCUGUGCUGAGUCCUGUUCACCUGUGUAACAUUUCUGUAGCUUUUGGUCCAAGCCUUGAAAAUGCCUCAUCUUCAACCCACCUGGAGCCUUAUUUCUCACCCUACCUCUGUCCUUCCCUCCAGUCCAGUCCAACACACAAGAUGCCUGUGUGGCUGAUGUACAUAUGUAUGGGGGGUUUUUUUGUUUGUUGGUUUUGUUGGUUUUUUGUUUUAUUUUGUUGUUUUUGGUUUUUUUUUUUCUUAGAAAUUAACUUUUUAUUUAUUGCUUGAGGGAGGGAGAAAACAUUGUUUGGAGAAAAUAAAAAUAAAACUGUUUUCAACAGUU